AAUGCCAAUACAUUCCAUCAAAUCAGUUGUGCACUAAGUCCAACGCGAAUUGUCAUUCGAAUACAAAAAGGGAAAUCCAAAAUGAAAUUCUUCCUUGUGAUUCUUGCAGUUGUUUCACGGACUUACGCUGAAGAUGAAUGGAUGCCGAAAACUAUGGCAGAGCUUAAUGUUAUCCGCCAAGAAUGCCUUAAGGAAUUCCCACUUAGCGAGGAAUACAUCCAAAAAAUUAAUAACUUCGAAUAUACCGAUGAAGAGCCCGCACGUAAGAUCUUGCUUUGUACCGUAAAGAAAUUGGGUGUCUUCUGCGAGCGUGAGGGCUAUAAUGCCGAUCGUGUUACCAAGCAAUUUAAAAUGGAUUUGGAUGAGGCUGAGGCCCUUGCCAUUGUUAAGGGUUGCUUGGAUAAAAACUUAGAAGGCAGCAGUGCCGAUGUAUGGGCCUAUCGUGGUCACGAGUGUGUGGUGGCCAGCAAGAUCGGUGAUCGUGUGAAGGCUUUACUUUCUUAAGAGCGGUGGGGAACCAAAAAAAUAAAUAACUACACGACGAAUGGGUCCAAUUUUGUUUUAAAUAAAGACAAUUAGUUUUAGUGUGAACAUUAUAAAAUUCAAUAUUGUGGUAUAUUA